UUUGAUUACAAGACAUGUCGAGUGGAGAUAGCGAUUGAACAGCAAAGCCCUGAAAUCGCUUCUGGAGUUCACCAGAACAAGAGGGAGGAAGAGAUCGGCGCCGGAGAUCAGGGACUGAUGUUUGGUUACGCCACCGAUGAGACCGAGGAGUGUAUGCCUCUGACGGUGGUGUUGGCCCACAAACUGAACGCCAAAUUGGCUGAAUUGCGCAAAAACGGCACCUUUCCGUGGGCCAGACCUGACUCCAAGACUCAGGUGACCGCCCAAUACUAUUUCCGUAGAGGGGCUGCCAUUCCCUAA